UUUUAGGUACUGUAUUAACUCGAUUAACUGCUCUAAGGAAUCUAAAGAACUCGGAACAAGGUCCUAGUGAGCCAGCAAAAGAAAUGCCUCAAAUUUUCACCCCUUCGCUUUUGCUCAUGGGAUUUACUUUAAUUAUUUUGCUAAAUUACUGUACUACUCGAACGGAGGCCUACAGCAACAUGGCUUCUAUAGCUACGGGAACUGGAAGAAUUUUCCGACCGUCGCGUAGUGUACCGGAAAUGGGUGAAGAGGAAUAUCCACAAAAUGAUGCUAUUGGCUUCAUGAAACGUUCAAUGUCUUUGGGCCGCUUAGCUUUCCGCCCAGGCAAGAGGAGAUUUCAAGCGAUAACUGGAGCAUUUGCCCACGACCCUCUCAACCGUCGUUAUGAAUUUUUAUUUAUGGAUGACCCUUCCGAAGUCAAGGGGAUUUUGCCUGUUAAUGCAGGUGAUAUGGUAAACAGAAUGGAGGCUCAACAACAACAGCAUCAUCCGCAAAAGAUUAAUCACGUUCGGUUUAGCCUAGUCCCAGACAAAAUUGAAACGAUUGAUGGGGACGAUUUGGCAUUACAAGAGCAAAACCCUCUCGUGGAAUACUCAAUGGGCAAGAGAAGCAGUCUGGCCAGCGGUCGUAUAGGCUUCCGACCCGCAAAAAGGAGCAUGGCUGUUGGCCGAACAGGGUUUAGACCUGGCAAAAGAAGCAUCGCUACAGGUCGAAUUCGUUUUCGCCCUGGAAAGCGUUCGUUAGAGGCAAGUCAAAUAGAAGAGGUAGAUGAGCUGCCAAUCUCAUACCCAUUUUAA